UGGCUGUCAGUAUAAAUUUGAUCGUAGAAUCAUGAACUUCCCUUCAUUUAAAUCGUCAUAUAACCCGAAUUUUUCGCCAAUCUUUGCACCAAAGCGCCGAAAAGUGAUGAUGAAACGCUACAAAAUGUCCCUGUCGAUCAAGUGACACCGUCUCCGGCCCUAAAAUCAAUUCGGAGCCUUUCCAUAUGUUCGCGUUAACCCCAAUUAAUCAUGACGUCGAGCAGGUUGGACAGACUGUUUGUACUUUUGGAGACGGGCAGUUCGGCGGUGACUCGAACCGCCGCGGCCAAACAACUGGGGGAAGUACAAAAAUUGCACCCCCAUGAAUUGACCACGUUACUGACCCGAACCGCGACCUAUCUCAGGUCCACCAACUGGGAGACGAGAAUUGCGGCCGCGGAAGCGGUCAGGGCAAUCGUCAGCAAUGUGCCCCCGUGGGAACCCCGGCCCGGCCCUGAGGACGAGCCUCAAACGCCUCCUUUGUCAACGGUGGGCCGCUUACGUUUCCACCAAUUUGACAUGGACAAAGUCCUCAAAAACAGCACCCACUUGAUGGCAUCGGAGGGCAAAGAGUUCGACCUCGAGGAGGAUUCAUCGACUGAUAUUCGUGAAAAAAUGGCCAAACAAAGGCAAAUUCUAAAUGCCAGGUUGGGUCUAGAGGUGGCUGGACGUUUCGGAAUCGAUACAUCCAACUUAUUCAGUAAUGAGGAUUUGAUUGUUUCGAUGCCGGAUAAUUGUGAAAAAAAUAACGAAAUUUCGAGAAAACCUCUUCGCGAUUUGAUUUCUAGCGUUAGCGAAGGAUUGAGUUCGCGUGAAAUGAAUCGCGCGAAAAGGAAAGCGAGACAAGCGGUGUAUAAACAAAGAUCGCGCGAUCCGGAAGAAACGACAAGCAAUGGAGACGAACCUGAGAAAAAACGAAUUAAGAUCGAAGUCAAAGACGAAAGUAACAGCAGCAUGGAUGUGCCGGAAAUUGACCUCGACUCUGGCGACUGGCCCCUCGAAUGGUUCUGUGAUUCCCUCAGCCAGGAUCUAUUCAGUUCGAGUUGGGAAACUCGUCACGGUGCCGCUACAGCCCUUCGUGAAAUAAUCACCGUCCAUGGGCGCGGCGCCGGCAAGAGUACCAACCUAACCGCUCAACAAAUGCAAGAAUGUCACCAAAUUUGGCUCGAGGACAUGGCAAUUCGCUUACUAUGCGUACUAGCCCUUGACCGUUUUGGUGAUUUUGUUUCGGAUGCUGUGGUAGCACCAGUUCGUGAAACAUGUGCACAGAGUCUUUGUGCCGUUUUGAAACUAAUGGAAGAGAGUGGUUGUAAAGGUGCUUUGAAAAUCUUACUCCAAUUGUUGGGCCAUCAAGAGUGGGAAGCUAGACAUGGGGGUCUUUUAGGACUCAAGUAUUUACUAGCUGUUCGCGAGGAUAUGGUCAAUACGUUACUACCGGAAGCUUUUCCGUUUAUACUUCAAGGAUUGUCCGAUCAUGUUGAUGAUGUCGCUGCUGUUGCCGCCUCGGCUUUGAUUCCGGUUACGGCAAAGUUGGUACGAUUGGUUCCCGAGGCGGUUCCGAUCGUUGUGACGAAAUUGUGGGAUUUGUUAGCCGAACAGGACGAACUUGCAGCGGCGUGUAAUAGUUUUAUGGGUCUUUUGGCCGCCAUUUUGAACCUACCAGAAGCCCAACAGUUGCUACCACCACAACCAUUGAAUGAGGUUGUGCCGCGGUUGUGGCCUUUUUUGAGUCAUAGUGCCUCGUCUGUGCGUAAAGCGACGCUACAAACGUUGGGCACUUUGACUGAGAGACCCAUCGAUGGGUCCCCCAUAACAUGGGAGGCUCAGUUGUUACAAGACGCCAUGAGGCACGUGUACCAACGUGUCUUGGUGGAACCACAGAGUGAUGUUAGGGAUGUUGCUGAACAUGUUUGGAAACAACUAGUCGAGAACUCCGGUUUGGUUGAACUGUUACAUGCCGCAUGUCCUUUUAUAACCUAUUGGUUGUUUCUGAGUAUGCAGUCGACGAAAGUCGCGUUUGAUCCGAAUUUUCUAAUACAUGCGAAAAGCCAUCGGAAGAAAACCAGCGAUGGUUUGCAUAAUAAUUUCGACCACGUCGUGGUCAUGCCUAAGUGUUUUAUUGGUGGGACUGAAACCACGCCAUUGGCCACUCGUGAAAGUAACGCAGUCCAAGUCAGAUGCAUGACAGCCCGAAUGUUGGGACUUUUAUCUUGUUACAUCAUUAAACCGGCCCCUGGAAUCGACUACAGUGGCAACAUUGAAAAACCGAUCGAAUGUUACGAGAAAGUCCUUCUCGUUCAUUUAAAUUCCAAGUCGGCGUUGCAACGUACAAUGGCCGGUUUGGUUAUAGCCGAAUGGGCCGAACGUGACCGUGAAACCCCGACUUGUCCCGAAGGUUUGAAAAAACGCCUCCACGACUGUCUCAACGAACGUGUCUAUUUCGACGAAAUCGCCCUCAGUUUCACCCGCCUGACGCAAGAAACGCGUGACUUUAUGGCAACUUUAAAGCACUACAAAGUCCCAAUUAACACCACCGAAAACGAUAGUGUAUUCACCUUGGAACGCAUCCAGGAACUAACCGGCCCGACAACUCAGGAGAUUCUAGUCAAAAUCAAGCUCAAAACAAAAGUGCAGGAAAGUCUAGAAGAGCGAAGACGCAGCAUUCAGAACAGUGUGGUGCAAACGAGCAACGAUCAGUUGACUUUGAGCGUCCGCACGUUGGCAGCACUGGCCGGCGCCACCGUCAUGUUCAAAGCCCUCCCGGAGAAACUCACACCUGUGGCGAAGCCACUCAUGGAAUCGGUCAAGCGUGAAAGUGAUGAAAACCUCCAAAAAACCACCGCCAAACAUUUGGCCCAUCUCCUGGACCAGUGUCGGUGCCGUUCGCCGUGUCCCAACGACAAGAUACUGGUGAAUUUGUGUACGUUUCUAAGGUGCGACCCCGAAUUUACUCCAGUUAUCCACAAGCAACAAGCCAAUAACAGUGCCGAGUUGGGUUGGACCAAACCGGGGAACUACAACGGGAUUGUAACCUUGAACAACCAACAAAAGGACGCGGAACGGGCGGCGUUCCGGCGCUCGAAUUCGACGGGACGCGGCCCCGGGCGCCCCCCCGCCACUGACAUCCCCCUGGAUGAGUUAUUCAAGGAGGAGGAUGAAAACCAGAAGAUCAAUCGGGUGCAAAGACGCGGCGCUACGUUGGCUUUAGUGGCGGUCACGUCCUACUUUGGGGAGGAAUUACCCGAGAAAAUCCCCAAGUUGUGGGAACUAAUGGUGGGGCAGUUGUGCGAGACCAUUGACCCGCAAAAUUUCGAUGCCAAAAGUUGGUACGAGAAGGACGACGAGUCGGAGCGACUUGUGUGGGCUUUGCAAGUCCUCGAAGUCACUUCAUCAAGUCUCCAUGCCAGUCUAAGGCCACUCCUUAUGGAGAAAACCUUGAAACGGUUGUGCGUCCUACUGUCGCAUCCGUACCGAGCUGUGCGCCAUCUGGCGUCACGGUGCCUUGCCGUGUUUGCCAAAUUGGACUCUGUUCGUGUUAUGGAGGUGAUAGUGGAGACGGUUUUGCCCAAACUGGGGGCUAUCGAUUGUGAUAUAGACCGGCAAGGGGCCGUUGAGGCCAUUGCCUGUAUUAUUGAAACCCUCCAAUUUGAUAUAAUACCAUACGUUGUCCUGUUAGUGGUCCCCCUGUUGGGGCGCAUGUCCGACCAAAACAAGUGCGUGAGACUGAUGGGGACGCAUAGUUUCGCCACGUUGGUACAAUUGAUGCCGCUAGAUGGCGGUGUGCCCGAACCACCAUCUUUGAAAGGCAGCAUUUUGAGUGAGCGGCGUGACCGCGAGAGGGAGUUCCUAAAACAAUUGCUUUCGCCAACUACGAUCCCCGAUUAUGUGGUCCCGGUACCAAUCGCCGCCGAGUUAAGGAGUUACCAACAGGCUGGUGUCAACUGGUUGGCGUUCCUAAACAAGUACAAGUUGCACGGAAUUCUGUGCGACGAUAUGGGUUUAGGGAAAACAAUCCAGAGUAUUUGUAUGUUGGCAGGGGAUCAUUACUACCGUGACCAGAAGUAUAAAGAAACAAAGUCGGCUGAUUGUGCCCCGCUACCGUCACUUGUCAUUUGCCCGCCCACUUUGACCGGGCAUUGGGUCUACGAAGUUGAGAAGUUUUUAUCACACAAGUACCUCAAACCGUUGCAAUAUAACGGCUCGCCAACGGAACGCGAAAAAUUGAGACACAAAUUCAAAAAACACAAUUUGAUCGUAGCCUCGUACGAUAUAGUCCGCAAGGAUAUUGCAGUUUUUAGCAACAUUAAGUGGAACUAUAUUAUUUUGGACGAGGGUCAUGUGAUUAAAAACGGCAAGACGCGGACUAGUAUGGCGAUUAAGAAUCUCGUGGCCAACUAUCGACUCAUCCUGAGCGGUACCCCGAUCCAAAAUAACGUGUUGGAGUUGUGGAGUCUUUUUGAUUUUCUUAUGCCGGGUUUCCUGGGCACGGAAAAACAGUUUACGGCGCGGUACUCGCGUCCCAUUUUGGCGAGUCGUGACCCCAAGUCGCUGCCGAAGGAGCAGGAGGCGGGGGCGUUGGCUAUGGAGGCGCUGCAUCGGCAGGUGUUGCCGUUUCUGUUGCGGCGUGUCAAAGAGGAUGUUUUGGAUGAUUUGCCGCCGAAAAUUACGCAGGAUUAUUAUUGCGAGUUGAGUCCGCUUCAGGAGAGACUCUAUGAGGAUUUUUCCAAAUCGCAAGCGCAUCAAACAUUACAGGAAUCUAUCUCGUCGGGGGCUACGGCCAGUUCGAUGCAAGGCAACACUCAUAUUUUUCAAGCUUUGCGUUAUUUGCAAAAUGUUUGUAAUCAUCCGAAGUUGGUACUGAAUGCUAGUCAUCCGCAGUAUGGGAAGAUUUUGGCUGAUUUGCAGACGCAAGACUCGAAGUUGGACGAUAUUAGUCAUUCGGCAAAGUUGCCCGCUUUGAAGCAAUUGCUGCAGGACUGUGGAAUCGGUGUAACCGAACCGCAAUCUACCGAACUCGUGGUGAACCAACACCGAGCGCUCGUCUUUUGUCAACUUAAAGCAAUGUUGGACAUCAUUGAGAAAGACCUUUUCAAGAAACAUAUGCCAGGUGUGACGUAUCUCCGUCUCGACGGUUCCAUUCCACCCAGUCAACGUCAUUCCGUGGUCACUCGAUUCAAUAACGAUCCAUCAAUUGAUGUUCUUUUAUUAACAACACAAGUUGGAGGUCUCGGCUUGAAUUUAACUGGAGCUGAUACGGUGAUUUUUGUCGAACACGAUUGGAAUCCAAUGAAAGAUCUCCAAGCCAUGGAUCGAGCACAUCGUAUUGGUCAGAGGAAAGUUGUGAAUGUGUACAGAUUGAUAACGAGGGCGACUUUGGAGGAGAAAAUCAUGGGUUUGCAGAAGUUUAAGGUCCAGACGGUCAAUACGAUCAUCAGUGGGAAUAAUAGUAAGUUGGAAACGAUGGGAACAGAUCAGUUGUUGGACCUGUUCUCGCAUAAACCGUCCAAUGCCGGAAGUAAUGCAGGAGAUGGGGGCGGAAGUGGGAGUGUCAAGGCCAUUUUAGAGACGUUGCCCGAACUGUGGGAUCAGAAGCAAUACGAUGAUGAGUACGACUUGUCGCAGUUUAUUUCCAAGUUGAAUUGAGGAGUUCGUUCCUUGGCGGCCCCUCGUUGACCCUUUGCCCCCAGAAUCGGGUCAGUGCUGUGCUAAGGUCAAUCCGGCCGAUUCAGGUCAGACCGAAAUGAGGUCGGCCAGGGAUCCGACCCAAAAAGCUACCUGCCAAAAGUAGGGCACAUCCUUGACCCAAUUUUCCGUCCGAUCGAUGGCCAACAGGUAGUGUUUAUUGUUAUUUUA